GGAUCUCCUUGCAGUCCAAGGGACUCUCACGAGUCUUCUCCAACACCACAGUUCAAAAGCAUCAGUUCUUUAUAGUCCAAGUCUCACAUCCGUAUAUGACUACUGGAAAAACCAUAGCUUUGACUAGAUGGCCUUUUGUUGGCAAAGUAAUGUCUCUGAUUUUUAAUAUGCUGUCCUUCCUAUAUCUCUGUGCCAAGCCUUGGGGGCCAGAUAAAAGUGCCGCUUCUCUGAGCUUCAGUUUCCCCAUCUGUGAAACGGAGAGCUGACUGCCCUCCUCCCAGGUGUUUGUACAGAUGGCCUAAGCUAUUGGAAUAAAGCAACUGCCUGUGAUAGCCAGAAACGGCUCCACGUCUAUCUGCCGGUGAUCCCCCCUGCCCAGCUCUGCCAGGAUGGCCCCUUGGCUGUCACUGGUGGGGAGGCCUUCUCCCCUCUCCCACUUUCCUUGGGGAAUGUGACCUAACAGAUUCCCGUGUCUCACCCGCUCGCCUGUCCUGGGAUCUGGGACUUACAGCCUCAUCUUCCUGCCCGCUCCGGAUUCAGACCAGCCCAGAAGCUUCCACUCAGCCCUCACCAUUGGCCUUCCCUUUCCUUUCACUAUUCUGGUGUCUGCGUCUCAACGCCUGCCCACUGUCUCAGGGAGGUGCCUCAUGGCAGCCCGCCCCUCUAGCCUGGUUUCCUCAGGAAAAGCCUGGGGAGGAAGCAGGAAGGGGGUUGGGCGCUGUGGGGGCCAGACUGACCCAAGCCCUCCCGCUGCACUGGCCGCCAUGGGGCCAGGGCUGCUGUUCCCUCUGCUGCUGCUCGGGGCUCUGGGGGCCCCGGGGUCUGAGCUGGAUGCCGGGGGGCGGCACGUCUGCAAGGCCAGCAGCCCCUCUGCUGAGCUCCAGUGCUGCCCAGGCUGGAGGCAGAAAGAUCAAGAAUGCACCAUCCCCGUCUGCGAGGGGCUGGACGCCUGCCGGGAAGACGAAGUAUGUGUGAAACCAGGCCUCUGUCGAUGCAAACCUGGAUUCUUCGGAGCCCAGUGCAACUCCCGCUGCCCGGGCCAGUACUGGGGUCCCGACUGCAGGGAGGUCUGUGCCUGCCACCCGCACGGCCAGUGCGAACCGGCCACCGGCGUGUGCCACUGCCAACCCGACCGCUGGGGCGACCGCUGCGAGUCCCCGUGCGCCUGCGGCCCCCACGGCCGCUGCAACCCCGAGACCGGCGCGUGCCGCUGCGAUCCCGGCUGGUGGUCGCCCACGUGCCGCCGCCCGUGCCAGUGCAACCCCGCGGCGGCGCGGUGCGAUCAGGCCACCGGCUCCUGCCUGUGCGAGCCAGGCUGGUGGGGCCGCCGCUGCAGCUUCCGCUGCGCCUGCCACGGCUCGCCGUGCGCGCAGGAGUCGGGCCGCUGCGCCUGCCGGCCGGGCUGGUGGGGCCCCGAGUGCCGGCAGCCGUGCGAAUGCGUGCGCGGCCGCUGCGGCGCCGCCUCCGGCCAGUGCACCUGCCCGCCCGGCUUCCGUGGCGUGCGCUGCGAGCUGCCCUGCCCCGCUGGCCGGUACGGGCUCCAGUGCCGCGACAGCUGUGGCCAGUGCAAGCAGAAUAAGCCAUGCUCUGCAGACACAGGCAGCUGCGAGGCCUGCGAGCCAGGCUGGAACGGGACCCAGUGCCACCAGCCCUGCCCUCCUGGCACCUUUGGGGAGAACUGCAGGCAGCAGUGCCCCCACUGCCGGCUUGGAGAGGCCUGUCAGCCAGACACUGGGCACUGUCAGCACUGUGAGCCUGGCUGGCGGGGGCCCAGAUGCGAAGACCCCUGCCUGAUUGGCACCUUUGGGGAAGCUUGUGGCUCUACCUGCCCCACCUGCAUCCAGGGGACCUGUGAUACUGUGACUGGGGAGUGUGUCUGCAACGCCGGCUACUGGGGGCCCAGCUGCAAUACUUCGUGUCCAUCUGGCUUCCAUGGAAACAACUGCUCUGUUCCCUGCGAAUGUCCAGAGGGAAGCUGCGACCCUGUCUCUGGGGCCUGCCAGCUGGGAUCUCAUAGUCAGGAUGCCGCCCUCAUCGCGGGCAUCCUCGUACCUCUGCUGCUGCUCCUGCUGGCCAUCGCCUGCUGUGCCUGCUGCUGCUGGGCUGCCCGGCUGGACCCCAAGGACAGGCCAGUGAGAGAUGGAACUGCCAUGUCCAGGAUGAAGCUGCAGGUCUGGGAGGCCCUGACCUCCAGCCUGGGCUCUGCGCUGCCCUGUGGUUCCCUGAGCAGCCACAAGCUUCCCUGGGUGACAGUCUCGCACCAUGACCCGGAGAUUCCCUUCAACCACAGCUUCAUCGAGCCACCCUCUGCCGGCUGGGCUUCGGACGACUCCUUCUCUUCGGAUUCCGAGUCUGGAGAAGAGGAUGAGGGUCCUGCCUACUGCGUACCACCCCAAGAAGGGAUGGUCUCUGCGGCCCCAGCGGAAUCCUCAGAGGCCAGCCUGGCUGGAGGUCCCUUCCCUCCCCCUGAGGACGCCUCCACACCGUUUGCCAUCCCGCGCACUUCCAGCCUCGCCAGGGCCAAGCGGCCAUCAGUCUCCUUUGCUGAAGGCACCAAGUUUGCACCGCAGAGUCGCCGAGGCUCUGGGGAGCUCUCCAGCCCGCUCCGAAAGCCCAAGAGGCUCUCCCGGGGGACCCAGCCAGGUCCCGAAAGCCAGGAGAUUGAGGAGCCCACAGGCCCACAAGUGGAAACAGAUGGGGCCCCUCCUGGCACUGCCAGCCCCAGGGAUUCAGCUGCUGGCCGCCGCCGGCUCCCACUUGGUGGCCGGACAGUGGCUGAGCGUGUAGAAGCCAUCGAGGGCAGCGUCCAGGAAAGCUCAGGCUCUGUCAGCACAAUCUACAUGUUGGCAGGGACACCGCGGGGACCUGAGGGCCCUGUCCGGUCUGUCCUCCGCCGUUUUGGUAGCUUCCAGAGAGGCCAGGCAGAACCCAAGGUCAAGAGUGCCAUCCCCAAGCCUCCACGUCGGGCCCUGAGUCGGAACAGGGGCAGCCCCAGGCUGGACUCUGGCUCUGCCCAUCAGAGCCCUAGCUCAGCCAUGAAGGAGGAGCUGACUGGGGCCUUGGAGUCUGCAGGGACUGGGUCAGAGGAGGGUGCCAGGAGCCUGGGGGGCGGCAUCAAGAGCUCAGGGGGUGGCCAGGAGGUGGCCCCUGAGGAUGGUCCCCUAGGACAGGAUCCCCAGAAGGUGGCUGACGAGGAAGGGCAGGAGGAGCCCCAGUAUGAAAAUGUUGUACCCAUCUCUGGGCCACCGGACCCCUGAGGAUCUUUAAUUUCGUGAGUGGGAAGAUGGUGGAUGGGGCUUAGGCCUCAGAUUGCCCCGAUCAGAUUGUGUUUUGUGCUGAGAAAAUAUCCCAGGGCCAGAAAGACAUGCCCCCUUGCGCUUUCACCGGGAAAUGUCAGUGCUGGAGGCCAGUUGGCUCUGGGUCCUAGCCAAGCUCUGGGAGUGGGUCUGGAAGGCCUGGGCAGAGACCCCACCGGAUGGGGUCAGGAAGAGGGAAGAGAUGACUGCAGGGACUUUUUUCUCUGUUGUCCUGGGCUCUGUUUAGUCCCAGUCUCUUCUUUCCUUCAUUUGCAAAACAUUUUUCUGAAAUGGGAAACAACCUAACUGUUGGAUGAUAAAAAAUUAAAGAGAUAUUCCUUAUGAAAGGUUCCUAAACAACCAACUAAAUCAGGUUGUGUAAGAAUAUGGGAGCUUGUUCAUGCUAUCCUGUUACAUGUAAAUCAUGUUUCCUUUUUAUAAAUUUCAUUCCUUUUGGCCUCAGAAUACAUGUUUAGAAUUCUUCCAUUUUGUGUUUAUUUUGUGACUGGUUUAUAGACUUAAAGACAUGAGGGGGACUUCCCUGGUGGUCCAGUGGUUAAGAAUCUACCUUGCAAUGCAGGGGACUUGGGUUCCAUUCCUGGUCAGAGACCUAUGAGACCCCACAUGCUGUAGAGCAACGAAGCCCACAGACCACAACUAGAGAGCCCGAGCGCAGCAGCUACUGAAGCCUGCCCACUCUGGGUCCCAUGCGCUGCUACUAAGGCCCGACAUAACCGAGUACCUAACUACUUUUAAAGAAAUGAGAAAGAUGGACGUGCGUAAAAAGCAUUUGAAAGAAAGGGAUCACAUGGCAUUUUUCUCUGGAAGAGGAGAGUGCGGCAGAUUAUUUUCUUAAAUUUACACAUAAUUUGCAAAUUUCCUACAUUCUUUUUUUAUUUUUCUCACUAGGUUGAAUUUUUUUUAAAUUAUAACAAGCAAUGUUGUUUGUUAACAAUAAAAAGGACUGGGCUUCCCUAGUACCAUCGCUCAGUGGUAAAGAAUCUGCCUGCAAAGGCAGGAGGCACGAGUUCGGUCACUGAUCUGGGAAGAUGCCACAGCUCCUGAAGCCCAGGUGCCCUAGAGCCUGUGCUCCGCGACGAGGGAGGCAGCACAACGAAGCGUGCGCACAGCCCCUGGAGAGAAGCCGCUGCUCACCACCGCCAGAGAGACGCCUGUGCAGCAAUGAAGACCUAGCCCAGCCGCAAUGAAUAGAAGCUUAGAAAUGAACAAAAGCACUAACAUUAUAGAUGUGUCUAGAGUGAAAAAUCAGAUUUCCCUUCUCCUCAAGGGAUUCUGUGGGAUGAGGGAGGGGCCAGACUUAAUUUUCAUGGAAUGCCUGUUGGUCUAGUCCUGAAUUAUUUCCUCACAUAAUUGCAUUACCCAGACAGGAAAUAAAGAUCAAACCCCUCUGUCCCAGUGUGUAGAGAAGCUCAUGAACAGUUUAGAUGCUUCCUUUCAGAUGUUUUUCUGCGCGCAUGAGAAGAGCGUCUCAUUCUGCAGUUUGCUAUUUUACUUAACAAUGUAUCCUGGCUAUCUUUUGAUGUUAGUUAAUAUAAAACUACCUCUUUUUAUAAAAACUGGGAUUCCACCAUGGGGAAAUAACACAGGUUGUUUAAGCCAUCCCCUACCUAUGGGGAUGUGGGUUGUUUCUAAUUAUUUUGAUCCAAUAAAUGAUUCAGUAGCCAA